CUAAAAUCUGUUUCUAUACAAAUGUGUUCGUGAAAAAUGCAGUGUGUUGUGUUUUUAUUUUACGUUUAUUUCAUUGUGAAUCUAUGUUUUUGUUAUGAAAACAGUCAUAGUAUCUUAAAUCAUAACACUAUAGGUUCCAAAUGUGCCUGGAAUGGACUGAAUGGUACCUGUACCAGUUUAGUAGAUUGUCCAUCAGCACAGCACGCCAUCAGUGGUAGACGACACCCAUCAGUAUGUUCCUUCGAAGGAGUGACGCCAAUAGUAUGCUGCACUGCUGCAGAAAUUGCACAAAAGAAUAGUGAUUCUAUGGAAAUUCCCACUUACAAACCAUCUUUACGGUACAGACCAGGCAGCAAAGCGGAACGACAAUGUAUGGAAUUCAUUCGUACGAUGGAGUAUUGCCUCGGUGAGAUGGACUGGCGAAGAUCUGGUGAUAACAAUGCAUCAGACGUGACACCAUCCUCGAACACAUCCACAACUGAUUCUCUUGCCGACCGAUCCAGGGGUUACGGUUCUCCCGUCAUCUCACACGGCAUGCCAGCCUUUCGUAACCAGUACCGACAUAUGGCUCUCUUAGGAUACGGAGACUCGAUAGACACAGCGGAAUGGCUUUGUGGUGGGUCCAUCAUCAGCAAAAAGUUCGUGCUCACCGCUGCACACUGCAUUUCCAGUCCUAGUGUUAGGACGGACUCCCAGUACUACUGGCAGAUACACAACGUCACGAGAGUGAUCCCUCAUCCAGGGUACCGCGCCCCUCACAAGUACCACGACAUCGCCCUCCUUGAGAUGGAUAGAGAGUAA